ACACUCAAAUGUUUUGUUCUUCUUAAUCACAAUUUCAGAAUUGGUCUUUUAGGGUUAAGAAUUUGGGAUUGUGAAUUAUAAAGCCAUGGACUUCCGAAGAAGAAGGGUUCAAUUUAUUCUCUUUGCUAUCGGAUUAAUCGCUCUUAGUAUGACAGCUGAAAAAUGUCGGGAACUUGUUGGACAAGAAGCUGCAUCAAAGAGUGGACAGUUUACGUUCUUGAAUUGCUUUGAUAUGAGUUCAGGAACUUUAGCCUGUGCAGUUAAAGAAGGUGUGAAGCUUUAUUUCUACAAUAUAAGAUCUAUUCAUGUAGAGAAAGCCAGGAACGUCGCUAUCGAGAAAGCCUUGCAUGAGGCGUUGGUAAAUGGCAUGCCUGCAAAAGAAGCAGCUAAAGAGGUGCAGAGAGCAGGUGAAAAAGCGGCUAAACUGGCGAGUAGGCAGGCUAAACGUAUCAUAGGACCAAUAGUAGCAGCCGGGUGGGAUUUCUUUGAAGCGCUUUACUUUGGAGGGACUUUAACUGAAGGGUUCUUGCGUGGUUCUGGAACUAUGGUUGGUGCUUACUCAGGAGGGUAUGUGGGUGAGCAGAGAUUUGGUAGAUUCGGUUAUCUUGUGGGAAGUACCUUGGGGAAUUGGGUUGGCGCACGGGUUGGACUGAUGGUUUAUGAUGUUGUGAAUGGGACUGUAGAGGCAGCCCGUAGGUCCGCUGGGCUAAGCUCCGGGAACCAGAUUUGUAAGUUAUAGCCCACAAAAUUCGAAGUCCAAGAUCUUUUUUUAAAUAAUGUUUUUCAGUCGAA